AUGAUCUUCUCGAAAUCCUACUGCCCCUACUGUCUACGGGUCAAGGACCUCUUUGAUGACCUUGCCGUCCCCUACAAGGCCCUCGAACUCGACGAACACGAGAACGGGCCCCAGAUCCAGGCUGACCUCAAGACCCUUACCGGACAGACCUCGGUGCCGAAUGUGUUUGUGAAGGGGACCCAUGUCGGUGGGAGUGAUGAUACCCAUGCGGCGAAGGAGUCCGGACGGUUGAGAGAGUUGUUGGACAAGUCUGUUUGGGAUACUCCUUUCCCUGAUGCUUAG